ACCUACCAGCUGCCCAGUGCCUACCUAGGUACACUACGUGCUAACCUUACGUACUUCCUUUCGUUUUACAAGGUUACAAAGUUCCCAAGUUGCGGUGCUCUGUCGAUCGCAAAGCCGCAAGAUUCAGUGUACUUAGUGUAUAGGUACUCAGUCCUUACAAAGGCAAAUAUAGACAUUGCGAUAUGGCAUAUCGCAUCUUCAAGCCUUCGAUAUGGCAACAAGCAGGAGUUUCAUAAACACACACGAAGAAGAAGGCUCCUCCUCUUCCUCCAGAUCACCCAACGCCCAGCUCCAUGACGAAAGAGAUGAGCUCGAUAACAUAUUCGAUGCGAGCGAUGGAGAUAUCCUAGGGGACGACCCCUUAACAGAUGAAUUGGCCGAGCCCAUGAGCUUCAAGAGAAAGCAGAAACAGUCCGUUUUCACCCAGCCAGCUCGAUUGCUGUCCACCUUGACCGGCAAUCGUCUAGGCAUCACUUCACCCCAGCCCUCCCAUGCGCGUUCACAUUCGCGUUCGCAUUCCGGAGAUACCACACCGACACGAAUACAUAAUUUGAACUUCGAUCCAACUGCCAACAUCCCCCGUACACCCCCGAACGGUCCGAAAGAUGGAGCUCCGCUGGAUUGGUAUGUCGAGGGCCCAGGCCGGAGAGUAGGUUAUGAGGAUCUGACGGCAAUUGAUUGGAUCUUCGAAUACACAAAGGAGCGUCAACGUUUGAGGGUAUUAUACUCUAGCGCAACAGGCAUAGUCGGAUAUAUACAGCAGCUGUUGGACUCUAGCCAGGCAUGGGUCGUCCUUGUCUUAACAGGCAUCGCCGUCGGUGCACUAGCAGCCGCUAUAGAUGUAGCUUCGGACUGGUUAGGAGACAUCAAGACAGGCUACUGCUCCUCUGGACCCGAGGGCGGCGCAUUUUAUCUUAAUAAGCAGUUCUGCUGUUACGGUUACGAUCAGGGCGACAAAUGCUUGGGAUGGAAGCCCUGGGCUGCUGCUUUAGGCAUUAGAUCUACUGGCGGGAAGUGGUUCAUGGAAUAUUUCUUUUUUCUAUCUCUUUCUGUAACAUUUGCUCUCUGGGCUGGAUUUCUCGUCAAGGAGUAUGCGAUUUAUGCUAAACAUAGCGGUAUACCUGAGAUUAAGACAGUAUUAGGAGGCUUUGUCAUUCGGCGUUUCCUAGGGGGUUGGACACUGAUCACUAAGUCUUUGGGAUUGUGUCUUGCUGUCGCAUCGGGCAUGUGGCUAGGAAAAGAAGGCCCCCUAGUACAUGUUGCCUGCUGCUGCGCAAAUCUCUUCAUCAAGUUAUUCCCAAAUAUCAAUAAUAAUGAAGCACGGAAACGGGAGGUCCUCUCGGCAGCGGCAGCGUCAGGGAUAUCCGUUGCAUUUGGGUCCCCUAUUGGAGGCGUAUUGUUCAGUCUUGAGCAACUGUCCUACUACUUCCCUGACAAAACCAUGUGGCAAAGCUUUGUGUGCGCCAUGACAGCAGCCGUUGUGUUGCAAGCGUUCGACCCAUUCCGGUCCGGCAAGCUGGUGUUAUACCAAGUCAAGUUCAGUACUGGCUGGCACAACUUCGAAGUGUUACCAUUCGCCUUUCUCGGCAUCCUCGGUGGCAUCUACGGUGGUCUCUUCAUCAAAGCCAAUAUGCGUGUGGCACAAUGGAAGAAGUCGACGCCCUGGCUUCCCGGCCCCCUGACCCAAGUAGUCAUCGUGGCCUUCUGGACAGCACUCAUCAACUAUCCUAAUUUCUACAUGCGAGCACAAUCUUCGGAACUCGUUUCUUCACUCUUCUCCGACUGCGCCCUGAUUCUGGAUGAUCAAUUCAGUCUUUGUAAGACGGGAGCUGCGACAGCUGGUACCAUUGUCUUACUAUUGUUUGCCUCCGUUCUCGGCUUUUUCCUUGCUAGUAUUACCUUUGGCCUACAGAUCCCAGCCGGCAUCAUUUUACCUUCUAUGGCCAUUGGCGCCCUCUCUGGUCGGGCAGUCGGCAUUAUCAUGGAGAUCUGGCAGCACAACCACCCUGACUUCUUCGCCUUCAGUGCCUGUGAUGCCGGCCGGCCAUGUGUAACACCGGGUGUAUAUGCCAUAAUCGGGGCAGCAGCAACGCUCGCAGGCGUUACGCGCAUGACGGUUUCCAUCGUGGUCAUUAUGUUUGAACUUACAGGUGCGUUAUCAUACGUUUUGCCCAUCAUGGUGGCCGUGAUGUUGUCAAAGUGGGUUGGCGACGCCUUCUCGCGGCGCGGUAUCUACGAGAGCUGGAUCCAUUUCAACGAGUACCCAUUCCUGGACUCUGGCGACGAGGGCGGCGGGUCUCAGCACGUUCCCGACGUUCCCGCCUCCCAGAUAAUGACCCGCAUCGAGGACCUCGUCGUCCUGACCGCUACAGGGCAUACCAUUGCCUCUCUCAGCGCCGUCCUCGAGUCCUGUGACUACCGCGGAUUUCCCGUAGUCAGCGACCCCCGCGACGCCAUCUUGCUAGGCUACAUCAGCCGCAAUGAGCUCGCCUACAACCUCGCCGUGAGCACCCAGUCCCCACGCAGCCUGCCCCCGGAAACCGAAACCUUCUUCUCCCACCAGCCGCUCGCCGAUCCCCGCACCACGCUCGACCUCCGCCCCUGGAUGGACCAGACGCCCCUCACCCUCCCCAGCCGCGGCACCCUCCACCUCGCCGUCUCCUACUUCCAGAAGCUCGGCGUCCGCUACGUCCUCUUCACCGACCGCGGCGUCCUCCAGGGCCUCCUCACCAAGAAGGACUGCUGGUACGUGCUCAACGGUGCCGAAGAGGUUCCUAGACCCGGAGGAGGAGGAGGCAGGCCGCAUUCGCAGGGGGGGAGGAAUGUAGUAGGGGUCGUUGAUGACGGGGUUGUUGUCGAUGAUGUGGAAGAGGAUAUUGAUGAUGUGGAUGUCGGUGUUGAUUAUGGUGUUGAUGAUGAGGGGAUGGUGGUGGUCGAUCGGGAGGGCUUGCUCACGGAGACGGGGACGGCUGGGGAUCGGAGGAGGAGGAUUUUAUAGCCUUGUCUACUACCCUAGGUACCGUAACCUAGGUAGGUAGCUAUUUAAGAUCCUAAAUUUUUGCUUUGGUUUGUUUGGCUCGGGUUCUUUGUUUUUACUAGGUAGGUACCUACCUAACUAAGGUUAGAUGCGUGCUCACCCCCCUUGCGGAUGGUGAUGGACCGUGGACGGGCGUAUCCAUGCGAUAGGUAUCUACUAGGUUAGGUUACUUAUAUGACUACAUAUAAGUAGGUAUACCCGUGGAUAGGUACACCCGAUAAAUCUAUAUAAACAAUAAUAAUAAUAAUAAUAAUAAUGAUGAUGAUGAUGAUAAA